AUGAGAGUUAGAACCGAUGAUAUAUUCUUGAAGCUACUCACUGGUGCAAUACUUGCCAAAGAUAACAAAGCUAGGGGAGAGAUAAAAGUUGUUAAUUUUUAUUUACUUAAAGAGGAAAUUGACCAUGAAGUCUCAAAAGGUACUAUCUACGGGAAAGAUCGUGCUGCUCUCAUGGGAAAGAUCGCCAGAGAAGCUGAUAACAUGCUAAAGGAUUUCUUUGAUGGCAAGGAACCCAAUAAAAGGACUAACCCUAAUGAGGCUUUAGCUUGUGGUGCUGCGGUGCAAGGUGGUGAAAAACUAACCAUAUUCUUGAUGUUGCACAGUUGA